CCCGGAGCCCCGCCCCGGGACGCAGAGCGCACGCCCUGACGUUUCCGUCGGGACCUUGAGUCCUCCAGUCGCCGCCUGCGCGCUGUCCUUCACCGACGCAGACCUUCGGGAAAGCGGUGCAGGCCUGGACCUGGUGGUCUCCUGUCUGGGCAGAGCGAGAAGAGAGCCAUGGAGAAGGACACGGGCCCACUAGUGCCUUUGCAUUGGUUUGGCUUUGGCUACGCAGCACUGGUUGCUUCUGGUGGGAUCAUUGGCUAUGCAAAAGCAGGUAGUGUGCCGUCCCUGGCUGCUGGGCUCCUCUUCGGGGGGCUGGCAGGCCUGGGAGCCUACCAGCUGUCUCAGGACCCGAGGAACGUCUGGGUUUUCCUAGCUGCAUCUGGGACCUUGGCUGGCGUGAUGGGAAUGAGAUUCUACCACUCUGGAAAAUUCAUGCCUGCCGGUUUAAUUGCGGGUGCCAGUUUGCUGAUGGUCGCCAAAGUUGGGAUUAGUAUGUUACGACCCCAUCAGUAAUGGUCACAUCCCCACGUGGGCUCACGAAGAAGGAGACAUCUCCAGACUUCCAUUGUUUUCAAGGUAUUCAGAGAAAUAAGGGCAAGCGUUUUUACAUUUUCUGACAUUUUACUUAAAAACAAUAACUGCAACUCGGUGGGGAAAAAUCGAUCGUGAUCAUGACAGCUCAAGAGAGAUGACAAGGAUGUAACCCAGGAGCCGCACGGGGUGACAUCGCACGGGGCCCGCAGCCCCAUUCCCUGCUGAGAGGACGAUGGAAGUAAAUCUCUGGGUGGGGUUCCGGACAUCGGUUCUUUCACUUGUCUUAGAGCACAGGCAUAUCCUGGAAUUAUGCUAAAUGUUCAUGGAAAUAAAGUUGACUAUGAACAGUG